AUGGCGAGUACUAUUCCAGCCGGGCUACGAUCGGCUGAUAUUGGUCGCUUCGCGAUCAGGGCUGCUCAGGUUGAAAGUGCCAAACCGGUGGUGGCCUAUUGGUGCAACUUCCAUAUUGUGAACCAGAUUAUUGAAAGGGGCCUCCAUAACUCCGACGAUGAAAUAAAAGUUUAUACUACAAAUCUGGUGGACAAGUUGGAGCAGUUUAAAAUUGACAACCCCGACAAUGAGACGAUUACAGACACCAUUGCAGCCAGCGCAUAUGUCGAGCAAUUCGGACUGGAGGUCUUCGGCCGUGCCGAGGCAGCCAUGAAUGCCAACAAAGUCACCAAGCAAACCGCAGACACUUUCCUGGCCGCGGCUACCUUUCUAGAACUCUGCUCGAUUUGGGGAGCCGAUCCUGAAAUCGCAGGAAGAAUCAAGUUCGCCAAAUUCCACGCAGUCCGAAUCGUCAAGGCAAUUAAAGCCGGCGAGGACCCGAACGAAAGCAACCCAGCACCAAAGCAGGAAGAAGGAGAGCUCGUCGACGACCCUGAUGUACAGGCAUUUGACCAGUCCGUCGCAGAGGCCUCCAACCCAAGACAAGCCUCCAUCGAAGAGAUCCCAGAUGAGUCUGACCGUCUGGGACGAGAUCUCGCUCGGAAAUCAACGAUUGACGAGUCGCUUCAUCCCUCACGUACAUCAUCCACUCCACGCCAACCCGCCACUCCCGAGAUCCCUUCCGUGCCUCAGAAUGCACCUGGCUCGCUCCCACAGGCCAACGCCCAUCAUGACCAAGCAGGCGGCUUGAACCUCCCCUCGACCCCUGCCACCAUUGGAUCCACUCCAAAUCUCCCAGAUACCCCCACAGCUUUCCAAUCUUUCCCGCCGCCCCCAACUGACACGUCCGCAUCAGACCCGGCUUCGUUCUACGAUGCCCCCGCCAGUAGCCACACUCCGCCGCCAGCUGCCCCGACGUUUGUCCCGAGCCCAGCUGCCCAUGCGCCGGUUGCACCCGAGCCAUACGUCCCAGUUCAACCGUCACACGGCGUGGAUGAUAACUCGGUGCAGUUAGCCCAGAAGCAUGCCCGGUGGGCUGUAUCUGCUUUGACUUUCGAUGAUGUUGAUACAGCUAUUAAGGAGCUGAGGAACUCACUCAAACACCUCGGUGCUUCAUGA